AUGGCAACCCGAUUCGCCAUACGCCGUCUCGCGACCCCGCAAACCUUCCGCACCUUCUCCACCACCCGCCCAGCAUUCAUCAAAGUGGGCGAUAAAAUCCCCAACCUCAAUACCUUGGUUGAAAAUUCUCCCGGUAACAAAGUAAACUUGGGUGAGCUUACUACUGGAAAAGCCUUGAUUAUUGGGGUACCGGCUGCUUUUAGCCCCUCAUGUUCAAAUUCCCAUAUCCCAGGUUAUAUCAAUCAUCCUAAGCUCAAGGAAGCUGGUGAUGUAUUUGUAGUUGCUGUUAAUGAUCCAUUUGUUACCAAAGCAUGGGGUUCAACUCUCGAUCCUACCGGUGAAUCUGGUAUCCGCUUCCUCGGCGAUCCAACCGCCUCUUUUACAUCUGCCCUCGAUCUAACCUUCGACGGUACCUCCAUCUUCGGUGGUCCCCGCAGUAAACGUUACGCUAUGGAAAUCGAAGAUGGAAAGGUUAAGGCUCUUCAUGUUGAACCUGAUAAUACUGGUUUAAAUGUCAGCGCCGCCGAAAAAGUCCUCGGGUAA